CAAAGAAUCUGCCAUGACGACAAUUCUCUUCCGCAACCAACUCAUUGCUAUCCACGCGUGGAAGCUGCAGAAAGACUCGCCCUCAGGUGGCUUGCUGGAUGUUACUCCUAGCUCUACACUAGACGGCACUACUACGUCCGCGCUCCUAUCGUUUUGGCUACGUGACAAUCCUCCAUCUAGUGGUCAAUUCCUUCGACGAAGUCUGUCCGCUGACCAUCAAAGCAUUGACCAUCUCGCAACGUGGCUUCGAGGGCUCUACUGUGAAUUCUUCGGCUCGCCACCGAUUUGUCGCCACAAACCUGAUGAUGAAGGCGCGCUGCAAUGGUCAUCGAACGUGGGCACGACUUUGCUGUACGAAGACGACCUUGUGAAGGUUUGGGACUUCCACGUCGCACCUCAAGCCCGUUGCCACUACCACGUGCAUCGACAUACGUACAUGUUUAUCAACCUCAUGGCUGGAAUCACUCAACCCGUCGAUGAACAUGGCCAUAUUCUUGUGGACAAACCUGUGCGAGAGCACGCACAAGGUGAAAUCACUUUUGUCGACGUGCCAUCCCUCCCGACGCUCCCGCAUCACGCGUUUAAGAACGUGUCGACAACCACGCCGUUUUGUCAAUACAUCAUCGAGUUCAAGGAAAGUAAUGGUAGUAGUUAAACCAACUAACCUCGUGAAAACGUUACCUUGGGUUAUGACUGA